GGGCACACAUUUGUUCCUGUGGUGAUUUAUAGCUACCAAUAAUCUUCCAUACUGGUUGCCUUCUCUACUAUUCUGGCAUCUUCUGCUCUUGUUAGUAAACAGAAGAGAAUUAUUAAACACAAAGCCAAGUACUCUUAAUCUCGAGAGAGAGACUUUGUACAGUAUGUUCUGCACAAAACUGAAAGACUUGAAGAUCACAGGGGAAUGUCCUUUCUCCUUACUGACUCAAAGUCACAUUACUGAGGAACAUGACAAGGACUGCACAGAAAACAGCUCUAGAGCAGCUGUGCCCAUCUGCAAAGAAGUCCAUGAAAAAGAUGCUCAAGGAAACCUUCCUCAAAGGAAAACGAGCAGAAGUAGAGUGUACCUGCACACAUUAACUGAAAGCAUCUGCAAACUAAUAUUUCCUGAGUUUGAAAGACUAAAUCUUGCACUUCAGAGAACACUUGCAAAACACAGAAUAAAAGAAACCAGAAAAACUGGUGAUAGAGAAGAUUUUGAAAAAAUAAUCAGUGAUCAUGCUAAUGCAGGAG